UUUUGCAAAAGCUUUGAGAUUGACAGCGAGAGCAAGAGAGAGUGGGGGAGAAGACAAGGACGAAGAAGCAGCAACAAUGGCGGCUGAUUUGCCGGAGGCAACAGUACAGAACAUUCUGGACCAAGAGUCUCUUAAAUGGGUCUUCGUCGGAGGGAAAGGAGGUGUCGGGAAGACGACAUGCAGUUCUAUUCUCGCAAUUUGUCUCGCCAGGGUUCGAUCCUCCGUUCUCAUCAUCUCCACCGACCCGGCUCACAACCUUAGUGAUGCGUUUCAGCAACGCUUCACUAAAUCCCCCACUUUGGUUCAAGGGUUCUCCAAUCUCUUUGCCAUGGAGGUGGAUCCUACUGUUGAAACCGAUGACAUGGCUGGUCCAGAAGGGAUGGAUAGUUUAUUCUCUGAUUUGGCAAAUGCGAUUCCUGGAAUCGAUGAGGCAAUGAGUUUUGCUGAGAUGUUGAAGUUGGUGCAAACAAUGGAUUAUGCAACUAUUGUGUUUGACACUGCCCCAACUGGGCACACUCUCCGCCUGUUACAGUUUCCGGCCACACUAGAAAAGGGACUUUCGAAAUUGAUGUCACUGAAGAGUAGAUUUGGUGGCUUGAUGAAUCAGAUGAGCCGUAUGUUUGGCAUAGAGGAUGAGUUUGGGGAGGAUGCUCUGCUGGGAAGACUCGAGGGCUUGAAAGAUGUGAUUGAACAAGUAAACCGGCAAUUUAAAGACCCGGAUAUGACAACGUUCGUUUGUGUCUGCAUCCCUGAGUUCCUGUCUCUCUAUGAAACAGAGAGAUUAGUUCAGGAACUCGCAAAGUUUGAGAUCGACACGCAUAACAUUAUCAUCAACCAAGUACUAUACGACGACGAAGAUGUGGAAUCUAAGUUGCUUAGAGCAAGGAUGCGGAUGCAGCAGAAGUAUCUUGAUCAGUUUUAUAUGCUAUAUGAUGACUUCAAUAUCACAAAACUUCCUCUGCUUCCAGAAGAGGUCACAGGGGUUGAAGCCUUAAAGGCGUUCUCGCAUAAGUUCUUGACACCGUACCAUCCCAUCACAAGCAGAGGCAAUGUAGAAGAGCUGGAGCGGAAAGUACACACAUUGCGUUUGCAGCUGAAAACAGCUGAAGAAGAACUCGAACGGAUCAAGAGUGGAUAAGGCUUUGUUCAUCCCUUUAAUCUUAAGUUUCUUUCCCCGACCAGAUAGAUUCUCCGAACUCACUUGCUGCGUCUUCUGGAUCUGGGUUUUUAUUGAGUUUCUUCCUGUUUCUGCUUUGGGCAAUUUAUAUUUAUAUUUAUAGGUGGAAAAUUACAAGUUUUUUUUUGGUGUGUACUCAAACGUCUUUUUCUCUAUAGCUCAUCAUCUGGCAGAAACUCUUUAUAGGACAGGGGAUCAUCAAACAGAAUAAUCUUUUGCGUUCUCUUCUUUUAUUCUGUUAUAUAUGC